AUGCGCCUGGUGUGCCUGAAGGAGCACCACGCCGCGCACCUGCGCGACCGGGCCCCCAGGGGGCCGGUAGGGGCCAACCCCUCCGCCCCUAUCCGGUUCAAGCCUAGGAAUCGCGCUGCUGCUCCUGCUGAUGAUGAUGAUGAUGAUGACGCUUUCAUGCGCCUGGUGUGCCUGAAGGAGCACCACGCCGCGCACCUGCACGACCGGGCCCCCGGGGGGCCGGUAGGGGCCAACCCCUCCGCCCCUAUCCGGUUCAAGCCUAGGAAUCGCGCUGCUGCUCCUGCUGAUGAUGAUGAUGACGCUUUCAUGCGCCUGGUGUGCCUGAAGGAGCACCACGCCGCGCACCUGCGCGACCGGGCCCCUGGGGGGCCAGUAGGGGCCCCUCAACCCUCCGCCCCUAUCCGGUUCAAGCCUAGGAAUCGCGCUGCUGCUGCUGCUGAUGAUGAUGAUGAUGACGAUGACGCCUUCAUGCGCCUGGUGUGCCUGAAGAAGCACCACGCCGCGCACCUGCGCGACCGGCCUAGGAAUCGCACUGGUGCUGCUGCUGCUGCUGCUGAUGAUGAUGAUGCCCGCCGCGAUUCCACUGCCAUCCACAAGGUGGCGCUGUCGAGACCGGUGCCCCACGCCCUUCACCGGAGGCGGAGUGGGUUCGAGGGCGAGGGACUGGACCUGGCCCAGUCUGCCCGGUUGGAGGUAAUAGUGUACGAUCACAGGGAAGUGAUUGAGAGCCCUGCCUUCGCCGGCCGCGUAGGCUUCGUCGCUCUGCCGUGGAGCGCCGACAUCAUCCUGAACGGCACGCGGCUCUCUGACGCAGGAACGUACCGCUGUGUGGUGAGCAACCCUCCAGAACCCGGGUCCCCAGGGAUCGGGGAGCUGAGCCUGACGGUCCUUGCGCCCCCCUCAACCCCCCACUGUCUCCCGGAUGGCCACCCGGACGAAGGAGGCAGCGUGACUCUGUCUUGCUAUGUGGACGAGGGGGUGCCCACUCCGCAGAUGAGCUGGGACAAGCUGGAACCCGAACACGUUUCUCUGCCCGUUAACAAGGAAGGCGACCUGAAAGGGACCGUUCGGAUCCUCAACGUCUCCUCGCAGACUGCCGGGCUGUACCGCUGCUCCGUCUCGAAUCCCCUGGGGACAGGGGCCUGCCUGCUGCAUCUUUCCGUUCACAGCUCCCCCCGCCCUUCCUCCGGGAUCCUCCAGGGGGUGCUGCUCACCCUGUGCAUGGCCCUGGUGCUCCUGGCGCUCCUGGCCGUGGUGCUGUGGCUCCACCGCUCCGCCCGCGAGAGGAAAUGGGGCCACAGGAGAGGUGGGGGGGGAGAGGAGGAGGAGGGGUGCUACAACGAGAUCAGAUCUACCCCCACCCUCCUCCGGCGGUCCUUCGUCUAGCGGUCUCCCUCCUCCCCCUGCUGCCGCCGAUCAAUAAACGCUGAAAUCUCA